AUGGAGUUGCAACUAGGUCGGAAGUAUUACAAAGUGUUUUGUAUUUUGGCAUGGAUAUACCUGAUGCAUCCUUCGUUUGGAUCCAUUAUCAAGGACUCUGUUAAAUGUACCGAGGGCUCAGUAGCUGCGGACACGGAUGACUGUGCCAGUUACUUUCAGUGUAUCGACGAUGAAACUGUACACUUAAAUUGUGCCAAUGGAAGUUAUUUUGAAGCGAAUAAUGAAAUCUGCGUGGUGGAUGAGUUUGGUGUGUGCCCUACAUCACGCAGAUUAUGUUUCGAUGGAGAUAUUUUUGGGGAUGAGAAUGAUUGCAUUUCCUACGUUAAGUGUAUUCACGGAGAUCUGGUAAAACAAAAGUGUCCUGCCGGGAGUUACUUUAAUGUAAUAUCUAAAAACUGCCGGCUGUCCCGAACUGGAUUCUGUGCAUCUCAAAAAGAGAUAUGUUUGGAGGGAGAACUGCAAGUGGACUCCGAAGACUGUGCCGGCUACAUGGAGUGCUUGAAUGGUGACCUUGUGAAGAAGAAGUGUCCCAUUGGUAGCUACUUUGAGCCCAUAUUCAAACUCUGCCAGGUGGAUGAAAAUGGUGUGUGUUCGUCCUCUUCAAACGAAUGUACAGAUGAAGAAGUUCAGGUGGAUCCAACUAACUGCGCUGGGUAUUUCAAUUGCGAAAAUGGAAAACUAGAAACUAAAACUUGUCCCAGUGGCACAUACUUUGAGCCCACAUAUAAAACUUGCAUUGUCGACUUAAAAGGAGUGUGUGUGGAGCCACCAGCUAAAUGCACCGAAGGAGACCUUGUUAUAGAUCCUAAUAACUGUGCCGGAUAUCUGAAAUGCAUCGAUGAAGAGUUCGUGGAGGAGAAGUGUCCAGCUGGUACCUACUACGAUUCCAAGCUGGAGACGUGUACAGUGGACACUGAGGGCGUUUGUGUUACAAUCAGAAAACUUUGUGCCGAAGGACUGCGCGAAAAGGAUCCCAAGGAUUGCGCUGCGUACACACAAUGCAUUCGAGGUGCGGUCGAAAUUCUGAGGUGUGAUUCUGGCAGAUAUUUCAAUGCGACCCAAGCAGAGUGCCUCAUUGAUGUGGAUGAAGUCUGCGUUAAGUCAACAUCAGGGGAUGAAAAUGUCGGCAAUGAAGAAUAUAAUCACUAUAAUGAAAGUACUACUACCAACUCAGAUCAGAAAACAGAGAGCACUGAUGCAGAUUUUCAAUCUACUGAUUCUUCUCUGCUAGAGCUUACAUCCCAAAACGCCUGUAUCUUUGACUUGAAUGGAGAUUGUGUUGACCAAUCCACAAGGUGCACAGAAGGAAAGAAGCAACGAGAUAUCAACAACUGCGCAGGAUACCUGAAAUGCAUCGAAGGAGUAUUUGUGAAGGAGGAGUGCCCCGAUAGGACCUACUAUGAUUACAAUUCGGAUGAGUGCCUCAUUGAUAAUUACAAUUGUGUUGACCAAUCCACAAGGUGCACAGAAGGAAAGAAGCAACGAGAUAUCAACAACUGCGCAGGAUACCUGAAAUGCAUCGAAGGAGUAUUUGUGAAGGAGGAGUGUCCCGAUAGGACCUACUAUGAUUACAAUUUGGAUGAGUGCCUCAUUGAUGUGGAUAAAGUGUGCGUUAAGUCAAGAGUGGAAUAUGAAAAAGAUUUGUUAAAACUUCAGUAUUCCGAGAGUACUAGUGGUGAUUUGCAGGAAAGUACGAAUACGGAUAGUACAGUUGCGGAUUUUAGUACAGAUAGUUCAAUUGCUGAUUUCAAUCGAUAUACGGAUCCAUAUACGGCAAGUACUAAGACUGAUGUUCCUCUUAGCACGGAGAGUUCUACUUCCGGUUCGCAAACAACUAGAGCAGAUCUGCAGUUCACCACCUUGGAUAGAGACUUCAAUCUGGAAAACAGUACCGUCACUUGUGUCUAUAACAAUACAUUGGUAAUCGAAGGAAUUCGAGAGGUAGAUCCCCAGGAUUGCGCUGGAUACAUAGAAUGCUUUGGAGGUGAGGCUAAGAAGCUUAAGUGUGAUUCUGGCAGAUACUUUAAUGUUACCCAAAGAGAGUGCUCCAUUGAUGUGGAUGAAGUCUGUUUAAAGUUAGAUAUGACAACUACUGAGUCUACUCCAAAUUUUACCACUACUAUCGACCCGUAUGCCAAAUGCAGUGAUGGUCAGCGUAAGUUAGAUCCCAAUAACUGUGCAGGAUUCCUGAAGUGUGUCGAUGGAGAACUGCAUGAGGAAACGUGUCCCAGUGGCUUCUUUUAUAAUUCCACAUCGAAAAACUGUUUGGUUGAUAUUCGUGCUACUUGUGUCACUAAUAUCAAAUUUUGCAUAGAAGGAGUCCGCGAAGAGGAUCCCAAUAAUUGCGCUGGUUACAGACAAUGCAUUAGUGGUGUGGUCCAAAAUCUGAGAUGUCCCUUUGGACAAUACUUUAAUGUGGCGGAACGAGAUUGUCUCAAUGAUGUGCAUCAAGCAUGUGCAAGGACGGAAGUGGAUCCCAACCCAGAUAAGGUGCUACACAAUGACACUGGUCCUCCUCUGACCAUACCCGAUGAGUCCUGCAUCUUGGACAUCAAUGGGGCUUGUGUUGAUCCUCUUGCAAAAUGCACAGAAGGACAGGUUAAGUUAGAUCCUAAUAAUUGCGCAGGAUACCUCAAAUGUAAAAAUGGUGAACUCAUUGAGGAACUUUGCCCAAGUGGCUUCUACUACGAUCUGCAAUUAAUGGUUUGCUUGGUAGAUAGAAGAGGCAUUUGCGUCACAAAUAUACAAGUUUGCGAUGAAGGAGCAAUUGAAGAGGAUCCCUACGACUGUGCUGGAUACAGGCAAUGCAUUGGAGGUCAGGUCGCAAAACUUAAAUGUCCGUUUGGCAGUUAUUUUAAUUUGUUCGUGAGAGAUUGCCUUAUUGACGUGGAUGAAAUCUGCGUAAGGAAAGAAUACAAUUAUGUCGAGUAAUAAUGUGCAAUUGAUUAGUUCUGCAAGUAUUUCUAUAUGAUAAGAUAAAAAUAUAUAAAUCUAAAAAAGAA